AUGGGAUUGUGGAAUCCUGUAACAAGGUGGUUAACCAUCCUCCCUGACGCCCAUUUCCUGUUACAACCAUUUUUCAAUGAAACGGAUGGGUUUGCCGGGUUUGAAUUAGACCCUUUUACAGGUAACUACAAGGUGAUUUGGGUUCGCCAGUUCUCUGAUGGUAACUGUGAUUCUUCGUUUCAUCGAGCAUAUGCAGCGGUUUAUUCCUCUUCUAAAGGCUCUUGGAGAUUUAUUAAACAUAAAGAUCACAGAAUUCUCACUACCUCUGGUUGUUACUCCUGUAGUUAUCCCAAUUCAACUGGUUACCUUAAUGGAGCUUAUUACUGGAUGAUCACGUGGGCUGCUGACUGCGGCCUUCUUUCAUUUGAUUUUGACAAUGAGGUGUUCCGUGAGAUUUCAGGGCCAGAUGUUCCAUAUAGUGAUCGUCGUCAAUACAACGUCAUAUUGAUUGAUGGCUCUAUUCACUUUUUGAUCAAAGAUGACAUGAGCAUAGACUUUGGUUUGUGGGUUAUGAUCCAACCUGACGUUCUCGGGUGGUCUCCUCUGAUGUACAGGUUGGGGAGAUGGGGCAUUUUAGAUUUCGAUAUCAGAGCCAGAGAAGUAGGUGUAGAAUUUAUUAUUGCAAGGAGAGCUUUAGUAACAAUUGGACGAGUAAAUGAGGAUCUGGACCAACAUAUUUGA